GACAGGGUCGAGCAGGGCAGUGGGCGGGAAAGGAAGGUGACGAGUGGGCACACCCCAUCAGUGUGUCAGCUGAGCGGGUCGGUGCCAGACGUAGAUCCUAUCCUUGCUGUUACUAGCAAUUGGCUACAAGAGAGGAGGACUUGUCUGGGGUAGACACACGUUGACGACUCAGUUGUAACACCGCAAGAGGCAACAAACUUAUUCGCUGCAAUAUCUGAAGCUCUAACGAGUAAUUCCGUUCAGUCACUCAGCAAGUAGACAACACAAACACAAGUGAUGGAAGUAUACAGCUUACAGUUUCUCUUCAUGGGGAUUAUCUUCCUCUUAACAACGGGAGUGGGUCUGGCACCGGUGUUGCUUCGUGGCGUGUCCAAGAAGUUAGUGACUCGUGCAGUGAUUAGGCACCGAAUCCUCUCCUGCGCGUCUUGCUUUGGGGCAGGAGUGUUCAUUUUUGUAUGCUUCAUGGGACUACUUCCCGCUGCUGAUCGCAAGUUCCACCAUUUUCUGGAGGAACUGGGUCACACGGACGAAAGCUGGGAGGCCUUCGCAGAGUUUCCAUGGGGAUUCUUCGUUGUCAUUUGCGGCUUCCUUAUCAUCUUUACCAUCGAUAAACUGGUCCAUGUGAUAGAAAACCAGCGCCGUGGAGGCGACACGAGCAAUGCUGCCUCCCGCACCCUCUUGGCAAAGGCCUCCAUCGACCCUGCAACGCACAUCACUGAUUCCGAAAGUAAUGGCGUCCCUCCGCCAAACUACGUCAAGGAAAAUGACGCUGAACACGAACAUGGUGGUCACGGCGUGCCCACCUCGAUUAUCUUCUUGUUGGCACUGGGUGUCCAUUCGCUCUUCGAGGGCAUGGCCGUGGGCCUCCAGACCCAGAAGGAAAAAGUGUUAGAAUUUUCAGUCGCUGUGUUGGUGCAUGAACUUGUUAUGGCAUUUUCCUUUGGCAUGGAGGUGAGUAACAGUAAUACGUUGAGUCGGUGGGGCAAGGGUUUGUACGUGAUCAUCUUCACUUCCACCAUACCGCUGGGCAUCGCUGCCGGGGUGGGUCUGCAGUCAGCCAACUCAGCCUAUAGAGAAAUUGUGUCUGCAGUUCUCGAGGCCUUUGCGACAGGUAUCUUCAUCCACGUGAUAUUCAUCGAAGUUCUGGCCAAGGAGUUCCCGCACCACCACCACCACCACCGCCGCCAUGAUAAUGAGCUGGAGACAGAAUCCACGAAGACCAUACCCACCUCCGAGGUGUGCCUUCUGCUGGAGAAGGUGGUGUGCAUCUGCUGCGGCAUAGCUACCCUUAUCCUGCUGAGUGUGUUCAUGCACGCCCACCACUAGCUGCCUCCUCUCUCGUCAGGACAGCCAUUAAAAAGGAUACUCUUGCACACUGCUGAUCUUUCUUGGGGAUGAAAAUGCUCCACUGGGAAUAAGGACAAAUUUUUUUUUUUGUCCCCGAUUAGAGGAAUUGGAGACCAAGACUUGUGUGAAACAAACUCCUGCGACAAGCAGAGAUGCAAAUGCUCACUCAUUGAUGAAACGUGAAGUCUUUUGCAAUAACGGGAGGGAGACAAUUAUAACGAUAGAUUACUCAUUCUUGUGUAUUGUAUUCAGGAGCGUGUUUCCCUAAUAUACCCUUACGCAUCUAGUGCAGGCCGUGAGGCGUGCCCAGGAAGGAGAAGCUUUUAGUAUUACUUGUACUUUUAAGAUGACAUCUAGUCUUUCCGCGUCUUGCUUUUGUACAUAUUCUACUUAUCUUGUUUUUUGUAGAUAUCCAUCUUGUAUUUUACUUUUGUAAAUACUCUGCUUGUCUUUUAUAUGUGCUUAUGUGUCAGAAUAAGUUUCAUUUGUGAUGAAUGAUAAGAAUUCCUUUUUUAAUAUUUCUAUUAAUAAAUGUGCUUUUAACCAAA